AUGUCCCAACAACAACAAAAACAGCACCAAUACCGUUUAUCAACCCUGUAUCCCAUUGUUAUUGAAACUGAUAUCUCAGAAACCCAAAGUUUCGGUUCGGGCGAUUUCAAUAAAACAACAACAGCUGCUGCUGGUGGUGAUGACACAUCAGUGAAACAAGAAACAUCAGCAGGCGGCACAGAAGACAAAUCGCUUUCCUUGCCAGACCAACAACAACAACGUAAACGUCGUCAACGACGCAAAUUCCAUCAACCACACGAGGUUAAAGCCCGUUUAGAUAGUCUAAGGACAAGAAAAGCUCCUCCACCAACUCCUGCUCCUGCCAACGAUCACACACAGAAAACACAGCAGGAACAACACCAACAACAACAGACACAAAAAAAUCACAAAACUUUAGAGACAAGUUUAGAAAAAUCUCUGGUACACCAACGGGAUAUUGCCAAGAAUCAACAAUCGCCAGAAGUUGCUGGCGGUGGUGGUAAUAAACAGGAUACGGAAGACCCAUUAAGGAAAAGAGUUUUCCCCCGUCUCGAUGCGGCAACAUUGAAUCGUAUUGAGACCUUGAGCGAUAACGAAGUUAAGAAACCUGCCAGCAAACGUAAACGUAGCCAAACAGCUGCCCUACUAGGAUUUAGUGUACCGACAACUUUAAGGUCGCGGCGUGUCACAGCCACAGCCCAGGCAGCGGUUAUUGUUGCGGCAGCAGCAGCUGCAGCGGCAGCGGCCAGUGCAGCAACAAGUGGCGUUCGUGCAACAUCCACUGCUAUUGGCAUUGCUGGUGGUGGGGGUGUUGGUGUCACUUCAGUGGGACAAAAACGCCAACAACAACAACCGAACAUUGUAGCCGGUGGUGGUGGUGAUUUUCUAAAACCCCUACCCAUUGAACAGGGAAUUACGAACUCAAAAAAACGGCCACGUAUAAUGUCCCUUUACGAGCGUCCCUAUCAAACGGCCAACGAUGGCCGAGGCAGUGGUGGUGGUUCCAGUCUUGUUAGUAAUGGCUACAUGUCAACAAGCCGUUCAAGUUCAUCCGGCGGCGGCGGAAUGCCCAUGAUUAUGAGCGAUUCCAAUGAUAGUCAAGACAUGACCAAUCCAUAUUAUCUAACCGGAACCGCUGGUUCCGGCGGCAUUGCUGGCAAUUCCAAUUCAUCAGCGGUGGCGGCAGCCGCCUUACUGGGUAAUGGUGGCAGCGGUGUCGGCGGCAUUGCCAUAAAUCAUGCCCCCACCAUGGGAACUCUGUGCAACAUCGGCAAUACCUGCUACCUUAAUUCGGUGGUCUAUACGCUGCGUUUUGCUCCACAAUUUCUGCACAAUCUGCAUCAUUUGUUAACGGAUUUGAAUGCCCUGCAACAGAAUAUAGCCCGGGCGCGUUCCAAAUCGUCUUCCCUGGGUCGUGGCAUUAGUGCUGUGCACAUUGAAAAUGCCCGCAGUUGGAGUAGCAAAGAUUUGGCCUCAAUGGAACAGUAUGCGGGCGUUAAUAAUGUAACAAGCGGAGGUGGGGCAACCACACCCUCCUCGGCAUCAUCGUCGGCCCUAACACAAGUCACCCAGAAAAGCAGCCACCAGAUCUUAACCGAGAAGCUACACGAGCUAUAUCAAAGCCUCUAUCGCAAUGAAAUGAGUGAAUCCACGGAGCCCUAUCAUGCCGAUACCCUGCUGCAUGCCAUCCAAGAUGUAAGCAGCAUAUUUGAGGGUAAUCAACAACAGGAUGCCCAUGAAUUUCUUAUGUGUCUGCUGAACAGCAUUCGUGAGACAAAUCAAACUCUAAUCAAGGCCAUAGCCGAGUGUCCAGAUGUGAUAUUAAAUGGAUAUAUUUCCAAUCCCGAGGAUACUGAACGUGAUAUUAUGAAACACUCCAAUUUGUCGGCGGCGGCGGGCAACAACACCGGCAGCAAUCAGAGCGGCAGCAGUGGCCUGAACAACAGCAGCAGCAACCACAUCUCCGUCACCUCCGCGCUUAGCUCGCUAACAUCCAAUUCCAAGUCAUCGCUGUUCUUCUCACGCAAAUCCAAGCGAAAAGAUGAAACAAAAAAUUCCAAAAACUCCCGCCUCCAAUCUCCGCUUAAAGAUAACCAAAUAGCUGGCAAUAUAAAUACGCCACAAUCGAAUAGUCUCUUCUAUUUGAAUACGAAUGAUCUCAAUUCAACGGCAGGUGGUGGUGGAGCAUCUACAUCACCACCACCCUCAGCCGCCUCAUCAUCAUCGUCAGCGAUGGGCGGCGGCGGCGGGGUUCUAACGUCACCAUCAAAUUCCACCUCAACCAUUGGUGGUGGUCCGGCGGAUGAAUUAGAUGGUUCGUCGACCGCCUCCACAACGGCUGUGUCCCUUCUGCUCAAGGACAAACAACGUUUGGAGAAUAAAAUCCGUGAAUUGGGUUUGGAUUUCUUUAAUGAUGAUUUCGAGGGCAUCACUGUGUCCACCACCAAAUGUCUUAGCUGUGAAACAAUAACGGAACAAAAAGAAACCAUGAUUGAUAUUGCUGUACCUGUACCGCAAGCGGGUUACGAGAGCAACGAAUAUAAUACGGAUAGACCGAGUUCGUUUAUACAGAACUCCUGCAUAACCAGUGAACGUUUCCGCAAUGAAAAUAAAUAUCGUUGUGAACAAUGUUGUGGCUACACCGAAGCUAUACGUUCAAUAUCCUAUGAGGUAUUACCACGUCUAUUAAUUAUCCAGUUGAGCCGCUUCUCGGGCGGCAUGGAAAAAAUCAACAGUUACAUUCCCACAUCGUUUACGCUGCAAUGUUUCUGUUCGAAAUGCUGUGAACUGAGCGAUGCCAAUAAAUUGCACAUCUACAAGCUGUACAGUGUUAUAACCCAUGUGGGCGCCACAAUGUCGGUGGGCCAUUAUAUUGCCUAUACCUGUUCAUUGGAUUGGGCCAAUGAAUAUAUCAACUGCCCCAAGGAGCAGAGGCGAAGAGCUAGUCAAGAGAGAGCUGCAGCAGCGGCGGCUGCUAUGAAUGGUGGCAGUGGCGGAACUACAUCAUCGUCAUCCUCAAACCCCCUGCAACAGGGGAUGGCCGGUGGUGGCCAGUCAUCCACAACGAAUGCCAAUAAUGCGGGCUCCUCGACGGCGAAUUCAUCAUUGUCUUCGAGUACCACAAGUUUUAUGAAAAUGAUGAAAUUCGGACGUAAUAAAGCCUCCAGCAGUGGUGACAUGAGCAAACAUGUCAAGCAUCUGAAUGGUCUGACAUCCAGCGGGGGUGGUGGUGGCAGUAAAGCCAUUACAAAUGGCAUUGGUAAGUUAAGUAUGAAUAAUACAAAUUCCGCCGGCGGAACAUCGGGAGUAGCGGCAACAACAUCAUCCGCAUCGGCCUCCUCCUCGUGUACAACCACGUGUCCCAGCAUAAAUUGUUGUGCCAUGCGUCUGACGGCGCAACAGCAAAUGCACUAUGUUCAUCAUGCCGCCAAUCAGAAUAACCUCGUCAGUGAUUUCAAUGAGGAUUCUUCUUCGAGUGGUGGCUAUACGAAUGGAGGUGUUGGUGGUUAUUCAUCCAGUUAUAAUAAUAAUAUGCAUCACCACCAGCCUGCCUACAACAACAGUGGUAGUAGCAAUAAUUCAUCGGGUUAUGGUAGCACAGGACGUGCCGGCACCAAGGCAUCAUAUGCCUCACAGCAGCAAAUACACAACGGCAGCGCCGCCGAACCUAUCUGGUAUAUGUGUGAUGAUGACAAAAUCAAAGCAAUGACCCAGCGAGAAUUCGAAGAGCUAUUAUCGCCUGCAAGGAAGAUAACCAUAACACCCUAUUUACUAUUCUAUGCCCGUUAUAAUCUACAAUCCGCCUCCGCUUCCUCGUCCACCUCACCACCCAAAUCAUCGGCUGGCUCAUCGGGUUCACCGGGCGGCCCAGUAACAUCAUCGCCGCAGGCGUCAUGGUCCAAUGAGAGUUUGCAAAGUUCCGGCCAUAGUGCCCAUAGUAGUGGUAUGCGUAUGUGA